CCCUGCCAAUCCCAAUCCCAAUCCCUCCUUUCUUUCUUGCACGUUAAUGAAGCUGCAGCCACGCCAACAGGGUUGUGCUUGUGGGGCGAAUUUCUUGCUCUCUUUGUCUGUGUUAUCCUGUGAUGGCUCUCUCUCUCUCUCUCUCUCUCUAACUAGGGUUUGUGUCCAAGAUUCUAUUCUUGGCUCCAUUUGGCAAAAAAACACCAUCAUUUUCUUGCCCCCCAUGCCCUUCUCUCUCUCUCUCUCUACAAGCAUGACCCAUUUUUAGGAAAGUGAAGAAGAAGUAGAAGGAGAAGAGAGAGAGACGGAGAGAAAUGGCGAGAGAGAAGAUUCAGAUCAAGAAGAUCGCCAAUGCCACGGCUAGGCAAGUCACUUUCUCGAAGCGACGAAGAGGGCUGUUCAAGAAGGCCGAGGAGCUGUCCGUGCUUUGCGAUGCCGACGUCGGUCUCAUCAUCUUCUCUUCUUCUGGAAAACUCUUCGAAUACUGCAGUUCAAGCAUGAAGGAAAUUCUCGAACGGCAUCAUUUGCACUCCAAGAAUCUUGAGAAAUUGGAUCAACCAUCACUUGAGUUGCAGUUAGUAGAAAACAGCAACUACUCUAGAUUAAGCAAGGAAGUUGCGGAGAAAAACCACCAAUUAAGGCAGAUGAGAGGAGAAGAGCUCCAAGGACUAAAUAUGGAUGAAUUGCAGCAGCUAGAGAAAUCGCUCGAAGCUGGGUUGAAUCGUGUAAUAGAAAAGAAGAGCGAAAAGAUCAUGAAAGAGAUCUCUGACCUUCAACAAAAGGGAGCGAAACUAAUGGAAGAAAACAAGAGACUAAAGCAACAGGUUACUGAAAUUUCGGGCCGGAAAAAUGCCGCCACUGAUUCAGAGAUCAUUAAUGAGGAAGGCCUCUCAUCGGAGUCCGUCACGAAUGUCUGCAACUCCAGCGGUGGUCCUCCUCAGGAGGAUGACUGCUCUGACAUUUCCCUUAAGUUAGGGUUACCCUACAACGGCUGAUAUGUUGUCUAAAUCUAUAACAAUAAUGGGAUGCAUGAUCUGAUCUGUUGCCUAAAAGAGUUGGUGAAACAUAGUACCUUGUCCACGGUAACAUAUGCUGGGAAUGACCAUGAUUUUUGUUUUUUUUUUUAUUUAUUUAUGGAAAAUGCCAAGUUCAUUGCCAGUUCUUAGGAUUGUUUUUCAUUGUUCUUCCGGUAAACUGUUCUCGCUUGCUCUCCAACGGAGGAUACCAUUUGACUUAAUCAGGAAGAGCCUUCAGAC